AUGGCGCUCACCGAACCACGAAAUGAUGCGAUCGCGGUGCUGCGGAGAAAUCCAGGCUCUUCACGCAGUAGCUCGCAUAACACUUCACCCACGCUCAUAAACAACAGUCCAAGGUCCAGAGAGAACCCGCGCUUUGUCCCAACACCACUACUAGACCUAAACGCCAGGCUCAACAGCCCCCCUUUAACGCCUAUUCCUAACCACCUUCUCGAACCGGUUGAUGAGGAACCUGACACCCCCAGUUCCACCAUUGUUGAAUUCGGCGACCUAGGACGCGGCAACGUCCCGUCAGCGGCUCAGAUGGUCGAAAGGCUCCAUCGAUCGUUCAGCCAAUCGUGGAAUGAAUCACCCUCCGCUCGCUCGGCUAGCAAACCUCCCGGGGGCAACGAUGAUCAUGAAGGCCGGGAGGAACUGAGGGACCAGAGCCGUAGUCGGGCGGCAACCUCGAGCACGCCAACUGCCCAGAGAGAUCGAUCACAAUCGGCUCAACGCAAGCAGACUAGCGCGAAGAGAUCAAACAGUAAGUCGGCAGCCGAGCGUGGUCUCGCCGACGAACGAAUCAACAGGUUUCUUCAAUCCAUGCCCCAGCAAGGCUCCCAGGUCAACGACGUUGAGUUGACGGAGGAAAACCGAAGCCUGUACCAGCGUAUUGCCGCCCUGCAACGCACCGAACGCGAGCUCCUCGUUGAGAACCAAGACCUGACCCGCAAGCUGGCGGCAAUGAAGCAACACCAUGAGCGCCGGGCGAGGCAAUGGAAUGAAGGGUUUCGGCGGAAGGAGAUUGAGCAUGAAGCAAAAGUCCGAGAGCUCGGCGAACAGCUUCUGGAUAUGGUCGGCCGACAGGCAGAGAAGUUGCCUGGCAUGCUUUCCAACGACGACAUCUCAACAUGGUUCGACGAACAGGACGUUGCUUGGAACAAAUGGGCCAUCACAUACGGCCACACUGCCGGUGAUAGACUGACCACCGGUCUCCACCCAAUUCAGUUGCAAGAACUGUGUAGCGAUGUCAAGGCAUUUGUUCGCAUGACCGACUCCGGAAAGCUCCCCCCAGAAAUUCUCAACGGCGGGAAAGAAGCGCUGCGAACACUUCUCAACGGCAUGUUGGCCCACUUGAUCUGUACUGAUAUCAUCGCCUCGCCAAUGUGGGUCCUCACCGCUGCGUCCCUCGGAAGCCUAGAGAGCCCUGGAGUCGUUCCGUCAAAGCCCGUCCCCGGCCUUCCGGGGUUCCGGAUGGACAUGAAUAAUUUCGGCGACGUGGCGCCCUUACGGGCUGGGCCAAGCCAAACCCCCCGGAGUCCACAAUUCCCACCGCCCCUGAUCACGUCCAUGAUCCCAACGCUCGGGUCGACCGCAUCCAUGCUCGGGUUGCCGCUUAAGCCAGAGAUGGAACGCCUUGUCCAGAUGCUCUCGGAUGCCCAAGAUGACGAUCCCGCUUUCCCCGCCUACCAUUGGCGUGCGAACAUGAUGCGACUGUUUGCCGACGGAGGGUUCGCCCUGAAGGACGUUGCAGCUGCCGGCAGAAACGAAGCCAAACGGAUGUUUGUUGAGUCACGUCUCAACUACGCGCGGAAGCUCAAAGAGCGCUUCCUUGGCGGUUCUGCGCGAUUCCUUCUCCAAGACCAGGAUGCCGCUGGCAUAGAACAACUCGAGAGUACGCUGGGGGAUCUUAUCGACGAAGCUUUGGUAUUUUCAUGCCGGCUGUGGACUCGUAUGUCUCCUGUCCGCCUCCACGGAUGGAAAGAUCUGGGAGAAAAGGAGGUCAAGGCCGCAGCACCGCUAGUGACGCUUUGCCAUGCACAAGUGGAAGUCGAGUCUCGUCGACACAAGGCUGAAAUUUCCAAAGAGAAGCAGGCUAGCCAAGAUAGCCAGACCGACCACACUAUGGUCAUGGCUGUGCAACCGGCGGUGGUCGCAGAUACCAUCAAUACCUCGGGCCCUAAAGUGGAGGUAGAUGACGACGGAUUAGUCUUGGUGUGGCUGAAGGCCCGUGUCAUGCUGGCAGGGCCUAUGUCGGUGGAGGACGAACCUAUCAACGCAGCGGCCGAACCGCCGGCUCCCACAGAACCCACCCUACCAUCCUCCCUACCAAACACCGCACCGACCCAGCAGCUACCGGUGAAGAGCCCGUUGAAGAACCCUCAGGAUUUGGAGGUGUUGCCUUCUUCGUCAUUCAACCAACCAGAAAAGGCGGUGAAAUAG